GUGCGGUAGUACCAUGAAGGGUGGAGGAAGGGGUAAGGAGCCACCUGUUGCAGGCGAGGUCACUGGUAAGCGCCCCAAGCGCAAGUGCCUGCAGUGGCACCCACUUCUCUCCAAAAAGGCUCUGGAUUUCUCUGAGGAGGAAGAGGAGGAGGAUGAAGAGGAGCUGGAGAAGCAGCCAGUGCUGUGUGGCCAGGACCAGGGGUCGCAGGUGCAAUGUGGAAGCACAACAGAGGAAGUGGAGGAGGACUCGAAUGAACAGCGGGCACGGCGGCCAAUGAAUGCCUUCCUCCUCUUCUGCAAACGCCACCGCUCCCUUGUGCGGCAGGAACACCCUCGCUUAGACAACAGGGGGGCCACCAAGAUCUUGGCUGACUGGUGGGCUGUGCUGGAGCCCAAAGAGAAGCAGAAAUACACUGACAUGGCCAAGGAG